AUGAACAACCAGAACCUCCACGGGCGCAGUGGUGGUGCGCCGUACGACCGCGACCGCGACCGCGAAAUGGACGAUCGACACCGCGCCAUGCAGCAGCACGAAGACAUGCGCCGUGACCAAGAACGAGAGAGAGAACAAGCCGAUCGCUACCAGCAGGGUCCCGCCGGCCCCGGAGGAGCUCCCCAUCAGAGCAGCGCCGGUUCCAUCCCCAUUCACCAGCCUGUGGCAUCACGAAUCCCAGGUGCUAUACACAGCCCUGGCGGCUUGCUUGCCAACCAUAGCGGUAACCCUCCACCUCCUGGUGCUUCUUUGGGCGCGCCGUCUGGCCCCGUCAACUUUGGCGGACCGCUGCAGCAGAGCGGCGCUGGGUCGCAGCAGCACCAAAUGUAUGCGCCGGUUGGGCACUCGCAAGCUCCCCCGAAUGCUGCGCAGCCGGCAUCGGGCUCGGCUGGUCUUGGAUUCGGCGGUCCUCACCAGGGGCAGCCGCAGGGACAACAGCAACAGCCUGGGCAGCAGGACGUUCGCGGAGCCGCGGCGAAGGGGGCGGCUGCAAUCGUGGGGGUGACGCCUGGUGGCCAUCAGAUUCCUGGAGGAAUCACACAGGGCCAGCAGCCUAUUCUGAAUGAUGCGUUGACCUAUUUGGACCAAGUCAAGGUCCAGUUCCAUGAUCAACCCGAUGUUUAUAACAGAUUCUUGGACAUUAUGAAGGAUUUCAAGAGUCAAGCCAUUGACACACCGGGCGUUAUUAACCGCGUCUCCGAACUCUUUGCCGGGCACCCAAACCUCAUCCAAGGAUUUAACACAUUUUUGCCUCCAGGAUACAGAAUUGAAUGCGGCGCUGGAAACGACCCCAAUACGAUCAGAGUUACGACCCCAAUGGGCACCACGGUACAGUCCAUUGCUGGGCGAGGCCAAGGAGAACAUGGCGGUCCUGGUGCUAGCCAGCCUCUGUUCCCAGAGCGCGGCAACCAGUGGCAGCAGCAGCAGCGUUCGCAGCAUAGCAUCGAGAGUCCAGAGGCCAACUUUAGCACACCGCUGCAAAAUGGCGCCAGCCUCUUUGUUCAGGCCGCUGCCCAAAGUGGCGCCUUUGACGCCCCGGGAUCUGCGCAAAGAAAUGCGUCCGCUCAGGGACAAUCCGGCGCUGGCACCGCCCCAGGCGCUAGACAGACUCCGGGUCCAGCAUCCGGCCCUGGAGGAGCAGGCACUGGUCCUGGAAAUCAAGCCAACAUGGAGCGCCGUGGUCCGGUUGAGUUUAACCACGCCAUCAGCUACGUCAAUAAGAUUAAGAACCGCUUUCAAGACAAGCCAGAGAUUUAUAAGCAGUUUCUCGAAAUACUGCAGACCUAUCAGCGGGAACAAAAACCCAUCCAGGAUGUCUAUGCCCAAGUUACCACUCUCUUUAAUGCCGCGCCGGACCUGCUCGAGGACUUCAAACAAUUCCUGCCCGAGUCUGCAGGGCAAGCAAAGGCGACUCCCGGACGUGCAGAUGAAAGUGCUCCUACAGGCUCUAGCCAAACUCCCCAGCCUGGGGGACAAAAGAUGCCUCCCCUGGGAAGUUUUGCUCCGCCCCCUAGCGCCAGCAAGGACAACAAGAAGAGGCCCCGUGCCGAGAAGCAAGCUGCCGCUGCUACUGAAACCGCUCCUCCCGAGACGAAUGCGACAAACAGACUUCAACAACCUGUUGUAAAUGGAACCGGCAAGCGGGCAAAACUCAGCCAUGCCAGGGCCACUGGAGACGCUUCUACCAUCGAGCCUACGCUUACUCCAGUCAUGCCCGAACCGUAUCCUCCUCGCCCGUCUGCCACCUCCAACCAGGAAGAAAUUGCCUUCUUUGAGCGAGUCAAGAAGUUCCUUAGCAACCGAUCGUCGAUGAACGAGUUCUUGAAGCUGUGCAACCUUUUCAGCCAGGGCAUCAUUGACCGAAAUACGCUCUUCCACAAGGGUGCCCUCUUCAUUGGAGCCAAUCCUGACCUCAUGACAUUUUGGAAAACAUUUGUUGGCGUGAAUUCUCAAGAUGUCGUAAUCGAGAAUCGGCCUGCGGCUCCCACGGAGAAAUUAUCACUGAGCAAUUGCCGUGGCUACGGGCCCAGCUACAGACUCCUUCCUAAGAGGGAGCGCUUGAAGCCCUGCAGCGGUCGUGAUGAAUUGUGCAACUCUGUUCUCAAUGACCAGUGGGCUUCACACCCAACCUGGGCUAGUGAAGAUUCUGGCUUCGUUGCUCACCGAAAGAAUCAGUUUGAGGAGGGCCUUCAUAGGAUCGAAGAAGAGCGCCAUGAUUACGACUUUAACAUCGAGGCUAAUCUCAAGUGCAUUCAACUUCUGGAGCCCAUUGCGCAGCAAAUGCUCGCCAUGUCGCCUGCCGAGAGAGAAACCUUCCAUAUGCCUGCUGCCCUUGCUGGCCAGAGCACUUCAAUAUUCAAGCGGAUUACCAAGAAAAUUUACGGUGAGAGGGGCAUUGACGUUGUCAAUGACAUGUACAGCCACCCCUUUGACGUGGUACCCGUCUUGCUGGCCCGUAUGAGACAAAAGGAUGAAGAGUGGCGCUUCUCGCAGCGGGAGUGGGAGAAGGUUUGGCAUGCGCAGACGGAGAACAUGCACCUCAAGAGUCUGGACCACAUGGGCAUUUUGGUCAAGUCCACUGACAAGAGAAACUUGACUGCGAAGCACCUUGUGGAUGUUAUCAAGACCAAGCAUGAGGAGCAACGCCGUGAGCGUGCCCUCAGGGGCAAAGCCCCGCGUCACCAGCUGGUUUGGGACUUUAGCAACAAGCAAGUUAUUCUUGAACUUCUUCGCUUGAUGAUGCUAUACAGCAUGCACAAUGGACAGCACAGCACACAAGAAAAGGAGAGAAUUUUGGACUUUUUUGAGACAUUCGUUCCAGCCUUUUUUGAUCUUCCCGAGGAGAUGUAUCAGGACAAGCUUCCCAAGAUGCAGCCUGAUUCCGGCGAAGACGAUGUCGAGGAUUCUACGCCUGCUGAACUGACCAACGGGCGAAGCCGCCGGAACGGCAGAAAGGGGGACCUGCUUAGGGGAGUUUUGGACCCCGGGCGCAACGGUAGCAAGCCCAGGAGUCAAAAGGAAGACAGUGCCGCUUCUGGUAGCAAGGAGACCACCCCCGACGUCACCUCGGCUAAUGAAGAGGAGAUGGCUGAUGCACCAGAGGAAGCUGCGGUGCCAGAGGUCUCGAACGAGCGCUGGAUGCCAACCGUUCCCAAACCUGUUGUUGUAGGCGGAGAUAAUGCUCUGCUUGACGAGGGCGGCGAGCUGAAGGCGGACGGCUUCUUUACCCGUCCCUGGUACAACUUCUUCUGUAACCAGACCAUUUUUGUCUUCUUCAACAUUUUCCAGACCCUUUACAACCGCUUGUUGGAUAUUCAGCAGAGCCAAGAGCUUGUUGCCCAAGCAGUCGAGCGCCUCAACAGGCCCAAGCCAGCCAGAGAUAUUGGCUUCACAGAGAAUCACAUGACCUUCUUUGAGCCGACCGAUGACCCUGAGACGUACUGGCCCAAGACUGUAGAGUUGAUUGAGGAGUACAUUACUGGUGACGUUGACGAGAACCGUUACCAAGACGUCUUGCGCCACUACUACCUUCAGAAUGGAUGGAAAUUGUACACUAUUCAGGAUCUCCUGAAGACACUGUGCCGACUGGCCCUGACUUGCAGCAGCACCGAUGCCAAGGAGAAGACGCCGGAUCUUAUCCAUCAGUAUCUGACUAGCCGGGAGAAGGAGGAGACGAGUUACCAAACGGAAAUCUCGGCACGCAAGUUUGCAGAGAAGUGUGUUAAGGACGGCGACAUUUUUGUUAUUUGCUGGUUCCCACAGAAAGCCGAAGCCACGGUGCGGUGGCUGCAGCGCGACGAGACCACGUUCUACAUGGACGAGAUGCAGGUCCGAGAGCGCUGGCAGUACUACAUCUCGUCGUUUAUUCGAGUUGAGCCCACAGAGGGCAUCCCCCGAUCCAGGCUGCAAAAAGUUGUUCUUACGCGAAACCUGCCCUCUGGCGAUGCCGACUCAGAUUCAGAUGAAGUACCUAAGCCACUCUCAUACAGCGAGAAUUUGACAACCAGCAUCUGCCUUAAGAGCUCCAAGAUGGUCUGGGGCCCGGGGACCUCGGAAUACUUCAUCUACGACCGGUCGCCCCGGACACAGGAGGAGCGCGAGCGGCGGGAAAAGUUCACCAAGGCCCUCAGCAUGCACCGCGAAAGCAAGCUCCUGGAGAAAAUGGUUCACAACCCAUCGUGGACAAAGGACAUGGGCCCCGAGGAGGUUCAGGAACAAAAUAAGAACUUCCGCAAAUGGAUGGACGACGGGGUCGCGCCGCCCAACGGAGACGUCGAGAUGGAUUAG